GCUGCGAGAUCAGCUCCCGUUGGAACUGACACGGCCAAACAAUGCAGUUUUAACGGCUUGCCUGCCAGCUUAAACCGUCACGAUCACUGAACUCGCCAGUCUCUAUGGGCGACAAUGGCGGGGACAGGACGUUCGAGACGUCGCCCUUCAGCAGAGUCCCAGAAAGGUGUAAUUGCGGCUGGGGCGCAAGAAACCGAUUAUAACAAUCCUGACGAUCCUGACGAUGACGAUGUCAAAUCAGAUAAACCUGUAGGGGAAAACAAUGUCGAACCUGACUCGUCCUCAGACGAUUCUCCCUAUCCAGAAGUUCAGGCCAGCAUUCCUCCAGUUGAUGAAGAUGUGCCUGUCAAUACCUUCCGUGCUUGGGUCCUGGGCAUUACUGGGACCAUGGUCUUAACAGCGUUGAAUCAGUUCUUCCAGCUGCAUUCGCCACCGAUCUUUCUUUCGCCCUAUCUUGCAAUAUUAGUCACCUUGCCAGUUGGACGACUAAUGGAAAGGGUGCUGCCAACGACUAUAUACAGCUUCUGGGGAUGGAAUUUUACACUGAAUCCUGGACCGUUCAAUCAGAAAGAACACUCGAUCGUUGCUAUAAUGUCUACUCUCGCGACAGUAUUCGACAAUGGCUCAUUGGCUUCCGAUGUCUACGUUGCAUUUGACAAAUUUCUUAACAUUCCAAUUUCGGUUGGAUACAGGUUCAUGUUCCUUUUGACGUCUCAAGCGCUCAGUUUUGGAAUUGCUGGAAUACUUCAGAAGUUGCUCGUCGAGCCUGCAUUUUGCGUAUGGCCAGCUGCCCUUCCAACAUGCGCCCUUCUAUACACAUUCCAUGAUCGACGAUUUGGAGACCAGGAGGCCAAUGGGUGGAAGAUCGAUCGAAUGAAAUUUUUCUGGAUCAUCCUUGCCUGCGGCUCGCUUUACCAAUUCGUCCCCGGUUAUCUAUUUACCGGGCUCACCACUUUCGCCUGGAUCACCUGGAUCAAACCGAACAACGUAACGCUGAACCAAGUUUUUGGCGCGACAACUGGAAUGGACCUCCUACCUUUGACCCUUGACUGGAAUCAAAUCACCGGCUAUUUGUAUUCCCCACUGCUAGUUCCCUCGUGGGCACUGGUAAAUGUUUUCGGGGGAGCGGUUCUGUUUCUUUGGGUUAUCGCCCCUGCGCUGCAUUGGAGUAAUGCAUGGGAGGGGUUAUACAUGCCGUUCUCAUCAUCUGACACUUUCGAUAAUACAGGAAGUUCAUAUAACACGAGUCGUGUAAUGAAUUCGGACUAUUCGUUGGAUGAUGAAGCUUAUCAUAACUACUCGCCAGUGUAUCUCUCCACUACAUCCGUACUUUCGUAUGGACUCGGAUUCGCUUCGACAAUUUCAGUCGUCGUGCAUUGUCUGCUACAUCAUCACCAGAUUCUGUGGAGAGGUCUUCUUGCCACGAUUGGAAAGUCGGCCACAGUGGAGAAACCUGAUAUUCAUUACAAGCUCAUGCAGAAAUAUAAGACUGUGCCGCUUUGGUGGUAUGCGAGCGUCUUCUUUAGCAUGUUCGGGCUUAGCAUUGUGUUUUUGUAUGUCUACGAUACGGGUCUCCCAUGGUAUGGCAUGAUAUUAGCUAUCGGACUAGUCAUUGUCCUCAUUAUACCAACUGGUAUCAUGAUGUCUGUCUGCAACAUCAUGCUUUCGACAACCGUUAUAUCCGCCUUCAUAGCCGGGUAUCUAUGGCCUGGGAAGAUGGUGAACAAUGUCAUGUUUAAGAUUUUUGUCCUUGUCUCCUCUUACCAGGGACUGGGAUACGUCCGCGACAUGAAGAUCGGACACUAUAUGAAAAUACCUCCGAGGAUUACGUUUGCAGCACAAUGUGCCGGCAUAAUUGUGUCAUGGUUAACCCAGACGGGGGUCAAUUUAUGGGCAAUGGCUAAUAUCAAUCAUAUCUGCGAGUCUGAAGCAGAUAAUAAUUUCACCUGCCCACUUGCACGGGGAUAUGCCACAAACGCAGUCUUCUGGGGUCUCAUCGGACCAACGAAGCUGUUUUCUUCGGGAUCUAUGUAUCGAUCCAUGCUGUGGUUCUUCCUCAUCGGUGCCGCCGUGCCUAUCCUUCUGUGGGCUGUGAACCUGCGCUUGCGUAGCAAGCUUCUCAGCAAGAUCCACAUGCCUGCAAUAUUCGCAUCAACUGCAUCCAUCCCUCCCGCGACAGCAGCUAACUACAUGACCUGGGGUAUAAUCGGCAUAUUCUUCAAUUUCUAUCUGAAGCGCAAAUAUCAUCCGUGGUGGUCAAAGUAUAACUAUAUCCUUUCUGCUGGACUAGACGCCGCUUUGGCUGUUGGAACGUUCUUCAUCUUCUUCUGUCUUUCGUAUCCUGGUGUCACGCUGAGCUGGUACGGCAAUACUAUUGCUGAUAAAACUGCUGACGGGCAAGGGACGCCCUUGAGAACCGUGGCUCCGGGCGAGACGUUCGGUCCGAGUAACUGGAGAUAGAUCAUACUAUGGGGGAGAAUGAUGAUAUCUUAUAGACGCAUGUAUAUUACCCAGAUCGGGCUUUGGGUCACUUCGGCGCUGAGUAUCCUAUCCAAUCAUUACAACCUAAUUGACUAACUAGUUAACUUAAGCCAUCGAGGUGACCUUGAAACAAGUUGUAUUUCCUUACCACCCUAUAAGCGAUAAGCGUACAUAGACAUGGAGCGUCGGAUCUAUUGUUUGGAGUCUGCGAUUGGUUAACCCUGGCAUGUUUGGUUAUAUUUGAAAGUCAUCCAGGUAUAGUAGUUCAUUUCUUAGUAUCCCAUCUAUCUUUACUCUCUU